AAAAUAAUACCGAGACACGAUAAUGAAAAUUAUUAAAAAAUAUCUUGCACCUAAAAUAGCAAAGAAUUGGUACCAAUAAAUAUAAAUAAUAAUUGUUUUUCUUUUUGUUUCUGUCUUAUUACUUUUUGAUUAUUUUUAAUUUCAUGAGAGAUUCAUAUUUUAUACGGAAAACCAGUUAUAUCAAAAGCGAAAUGCGUUUAAACAUGAUAGAAUCUUAUGACAUAGGUAGCAUUAUAGUAUCUUCUCUUGUCUUAACUCUACACCAACUGAUUAUUACAUCCCUAUUACGAAUCAAGAAAUUGCGAAAAGUGAGAUCAAACAAAUGGUUUUUUUACUUGUCCUUUGGCUACGUAAUUUUAGCGUAUUCUAGAUUGGUUGGUUUGUUUGUAAAUCUGGAAUGGUUUGCUCCCUCUGCAUACUUUCACAUUAAACUUGGAUUGGUAGCAAUCACAUUAGAUCGCUUUUGUUCCAUACGUUAUCCUUACCGAUAUACUCAUUGGCGCAGGGAAAACUACAAGAUUUGUUUUGCCACCGUUUUAACCUUUGGUACUGCUGUUUACUUUUAUACAAUGCAGAAUGAUAAAUACCAUGUCCACGAGGACGCAACCGUUACAAUAUUUUUCGUGGCGAUCACACUUUCCGUGAUGUUUACCUUGACAACAACCAACAUGGUGCUUUUUGGGAUAGCCAGGAGGCAAUUGCAAAAUAUACACAAAUUAUCGUCUUCUCUGGGCAAAGCAGAUUCUACCGAAACUAAUGUAUCCACAAGAUCUGACGCUCUAAGCGCUGAUCUAAAGACAAAGAGGCGACAGUUAAAGGAAAUCAAACAAUUCUACGUAUGCUUCUCGUACGUUCUGACGUAUUCUGUUAUGUGGUCGCCUGCAGUGGCUGUUAAAUUUAAAAAUCUUGUCUCUAACGAUCACGUUUCCCCCUAUAUAUUUUCAUGGUUGAUCUGCUUCGCAGAUAUCAAUUCUAUUUUUGAUGGAAUCGUGUAUGUUACGGUAAACAGAGAUUUAAGAAGUGCCAUCAAAGCUUGUUGCUGCUGGACGAAAUAAAAGAAAUUAAGCAAAUAGUCUCAACUGUGAAAAAGUAAAACAAUGAACUUUUUAUCUUAGAAACUUCUUAUUUCAAACUAACCUCGUCCUCAAUGUCUUGUGGGCCCUGAGUUGUUAUUACCAAAGCAAAUGUCCUAGGAACGAGGUUGACUUUUAACAUCCUUACUCGGACAAAUAAUUCCGCCCCUAUUUUUUAUUUUCUUUCUACAAAGAAGUUUUAUAUUUCAUCAAACUUUAAUUAUGAUGAAAGGAUUUCUUCCAGUAUUUCAAUAACUGAUUUUGAAAAAAAGGAAAAACUUGCUACAACAGAUAAAAUACUAAGAGAAUAGCUGAUAAUCACUGUAUUAGACCCCAUAAUAGCUGC